AAGCUCAGUUCAGAACUCCUGCAUACAAAUUACAGACAGUCACCACCACUAAUCCACCAACAGAGAUUCUCAAUAUCUUCCAAUCCCCUUUCAAUGGGUUCUGCAACCGAACCCAGUCACCACCAAUACGACCCUAACCCUAUCAACAACAUAUCUCGCUUCAUCCAAUCCACUGCAUCCAAUCUCUCCUCUCUCAUCCCCUUCCCUAAGCCUUCGCCGUCGCCGUCCCAAAUCUCCGCUUCGCCGUCGAAGAUCUUCGUUCCUCUCCCCUUCGCCGACUCGCGCCCUCAACUACUAUCCCUACGUCCUCCCCCUUACCCCUAUGAGUCGACUCAGGCCGACUCGCCCUCGUCUUCGUCUCUCAGGGGAGCGUCGUAUCUGGGCUUGAGGUCCGCCGGAAAGGGCGGCCCGGCCUUCGUGGGCCGGGUGUUCAGCAUGUGUGACCUUUCUGGGACUGGACUCAUGGCUGUUUCCACCCACUUCGACAUACCUUUCAUCUCCAAAAGAACACCUGAAUGGAUUAAGAAGUUGUUUGCAUCAGUUGCUAAGAGCGAAAGAAAUGGCCCAGUGUUCCGCUUUUUCAUAGAUGUAGGUGAUGCAGUUUCGUAUGUUAGAAAGCUGAAUAUUCCAAGUGGUGUGGUUGGCGCUUGUCAUCUUACUUUAGCAUAUGAGCAUUUCAAGGAGAAACCUCACUUGUUCCAAUUCGUUCCAAAUGAGACACAAGUCAAGGAAGCCAAUAAACUUCUCAAGCUAGUGUCACGUAAUGGUGGAAGAAAAAAGAUUGACGGUGUUCCUGUUUUCAGUGCUCGGAACUUGGACAUUGCUAUAGCAACAGCUGAUGGGAUCAAGUGGUAUACUCCGUACUUUUUUGAUAAAAACUUAUUAGACACCAUUCUAGAGGAAUCUGUCGAUCAGCACUUCCAUGCAUUAAUACAAACUAGGCGACAACAUCGGGAUGUUCUUCAUGAUGAUGAUUCCGACACAGAAUUGAUUGAAGAGACUGGAGAGAGCAUUUCAGAACCACCAGAGGUUAUGCGUGCACUUACGGAGGUAGCACUGGAUAAAGAUAUAUUUUCGGAUCUUUCGAGUCACGUAGAAGAGGCUGCAAAAUUUCAGCUUCUCAAUGCUGUUGACAAAGUGCUCCUGGGGAACAGGUGGUUACGCAAAGCCACUGGAAUUCAGCCGAAAUUCCCUUAUAUUGUAGAUUCAUUUGAAGAAAGGACUGCAGCUUCCUUGCUGAGGGCAUUGGAGUCAUCCAGCUCUGUUACCAAUUCUGAAUUACGAAACAGUAAUUGCCUUCAGCACCAUGGUACUUCAGAGCUGACACUGAAGGAUAGUGUCCAAGCUAAGCAAGGACAGAGAUUGAGUUCUGGAUUUCCCUUCGGAGAUUGGUGUAGGCAUCCAUUUUCAAACCAACCGCGCCAUAAUCAAUCAGAUAAGAGAGUGGAAGCUGAAACCGGCCGACCCAUGAGACAAGAACUGCAGCAGAGCCCUUUGCUUCCAAGGAUAACAAUGGUUGGAGUUGCGGCAGGCGAAGUGAGCAAAUCCAAUUUGAAAGAGAUUGUAGCAGAUUUGACGAGAGAGUUAGAACAUACAGAGAGGGGAAGCACAGUUAGUGCCACAAGUACUGAAUCCAAAUGCGAGGAUAGGGAUCCGCUCUUUGUGGCAAAUCUGGAUGGUGUACCAAAAAAAGGUUCGCCUGGGUUUGGACGAUGGUUUCUUACAGUUAACUAAGGAGUCUUGUUAUCACGAACGUUUCCUAUUUCCGGAGCUAGGGUGGAAAUAUUUACGAAUUUUUUUUAUAA